CCGGCAGUAUAUUAAAUGCUUUUAGACCGGAGCUUCCUCCACUCAGUGACUGUCAUCAUGGAGGAAAAGCAGACGACUGGAGCCGAGUGAAGAGGACCAAACGCCGCAUCCCCAUCUUUGUUUCACCUCUUAUUAUUAUCAGAAAUCGGUGAUCAAUCAGCAGAAUCAGCACCGGAGACACCUGACUGGUGACAGCCGCCAACAUGAAGCAUUUCCUGAGAGUGGUGACCCAGUUCUUUGUGUUCCUCUACUGUAAAUGUCUGUGGCGGGGCCUGAAGUUUGUCGCCAGGAAGUUUACGGGGCGCUGCGAGCUGCAGAGAAUCUGCUACAACAACAAGCAUGGAGCCCGCAGGACCCUCAAGAUAGAAUCAUCUCUGAGAUACUCCAAGACUGAGCUGCUGCAGUCCGCCCUCAGCGUCCAUCCUGAUAAAGUGGAGAAAACCAUUGAGGACAUCAUGGCCUUGAAGAAGAUUAACCCUGACACCAACCCACAGCUGGGCAUCUCUCUCCAGGCCAGCCUGCUGCAGAUUGUGGGCUACAGGAGCCUGGUGGCUGAAGUGGAGAAGCUGCGCAGGGAGCCUUAUGAUUGUGAAAACCCUGAGCACGAGGACCUGCUGAUGAAGCUGUGGAAGGAGCUGCGUCCUGACACACCUCUCACCGGACGCAUCUCCAAACAGUGGUGUGAAAUUGGUUUCCAAGGCAGCGAUCCCAAGACUGAUUUCAGAGGCAUGGGCCUGCUGGGCCUGCACAACCUGCUGUACUUUGCAGAACACGACAAGGCCACUGCUCUGCAGAUGCUCCACGACUCUCUGCAACCAAAGCACAAUGAGAUAAACAAGCCUGAAUGGGAACAGAAGAAUCUAGACAAAGCUAUCGGCUACUCUUUUGCCAUUGUGGGCAUCAACAUCACAGACCUGGCCUACUCUCUGCUGGUGAGUGGAGCUCUGAAGACCCACCUGUACAACGUGGCUCCAGAGAUGCCGAGCCUGCUGCACUUUCAGCAGACCUUCUGUUACCUGAUGCAGGAGUUCCACCGUUUCUGGAUCGAGGAGGAUCCGAGCGACAUCAUGGAGUUCAACCGGGUCCGCUCCAAGUUCCACCGGAGGAUCCUGCGACAGCUGAAGAACCCAGACAUGGCUCUGUGCCCCCACUUCUCCGCCUCCGACCUCCACCUGGUCAACCUCUAAACACACAUCCCCUGAGCCCUGUGACCCUCCCCACUACCCCCCACUGAUCCCUUCAUACCCCCACAGUGGUCUCCCCUGGAUGUCCGGUAGGCAAACUAAAAAAAAUCAGAAAACCCUUUACCCUCACACACAUGGUUCCUCAAACUGCUGGACACAUCUGGGGAGACUUCUCCCUCCUCUGCUCAGCCCACCUUGUCCCAGCUAACGUCAUGUCGCGUCACUGCCAAAAGCUCACUCAACCACUACACACACACACACAAAUACACACACACACAUAUGUACACACACACACACUGCCUCUACGCCCUCACUGCAGCGUUACACCACCAGCAUCAGAGAUGACCAUAGCGAUUGUAGCUGUGCAUGAGGAGGCUGCACCACACCACUCAUCAUUAUCUGUUGCUUUAAUGAUUCAUGACGAUUGUAUCACAGCCGUUACACCUCAGUUGCGAACCCGUGCUUCUUCUCAUAACAAACCAAAUUUACUUUCUCAGCCAAAAAAAAAAAAUCCCUCUUUUAGACUGCAGCUUAG